AUGGCAAGUCGAAAGUGUCACCUAACCUCAACACCAUUAGGUUAUCAAGGUUGUCACCUUGGACUAUGUCGCAUAUACGACACGACAUUAUUGCGUUCACCUGAUAAUCUUCUGGAGUGGGCUGGGCAUUACAGCCUCUCAUCUCUUCAAUCUUCCUACCGAGAGGUCACGGUGGGCAGGAUCUUGAGGAAACCGCAAGACAUGGUCCUCCAAUCUUCGCGAACAACGGGAAAAGCCCAUUUGUCCAAGUCGUAG